CGGCAUUUCCGCGCGCGAAAGUGCACACACACACAUUCACACACGUGUGCAUGUGUAGACGCGCGGGCGCGCGCAAGGCAAUAAUAUUAGAAUGAAAAUUCUCGCCAAGUUACAUCGGGCAAAAAAGUGCAGCGCUCAGGGAACGGCGGCGCGCGAUUGGUCGACGCGGAGCGACUGGCAUGUUAUUUCGCGAUGUGUCAUGUGACCCUUUCCUAUUUAUGCAAACAUCACCGAUACUUGGCCUCACGGUCUCGUGGCAAAACAAUAACAAACAACACACACGUCGCUCCGCGCACGUCGCCUCCCGCAAUUCUCACCAUUGGCGAUAGUGUUUCGUGGUAUCGCGCACGCGACGAGUCCCGCGCAUCAGUUCUCCGGGAAUCGUCGGACGGACGGACGGACGGAUCGACGCGGCGGAAAGUGAAACCCAAUCUGAUCGCGAGUCGAGAGCAAUGUUGUCAGCCGCGGAAAAUGCCCGCUGACGAAAGCCAGAGUCGCGGUACGUGCGUGCGUGCGAGACGCGCGUUGGACCAGUAUGCGAUUCGGCGCCGUUGCUCCGCGUGAAGAAGAAGCGCCGAGGAGGAACGGCUUCUCAUUGUGAGACCCGAAAGGGAUUUUCGGCCGGAGGAGAAGGAGGAGGAAGAAGAGCGAGACAGCGCGCGACUCGUCGGGCAAAACGCGCAGAGCCACUGAACGAUUCGUGCCUUCGAGCACUUGUUCGUUCCUGCCUCGAAAGGCCGCGAACUCGCCAGCCAAUCGAUCGAGCGUACGCGGACGAGUCAAAAUUGAGGCACAGAGGUAUCGAACCUCGUGAGCGAUACUCGACCCGCGUGCGUUUCGUCAUCCCCUGCGUGCGUACAAAACUUGGUUUUUAGUAUAGCGAUUAGCGUGCCACAUUGUCACUGUGUACCCCUGCUAAUGGAUGACUCCAAGUACAGCGGCUUCUCGCUGGACAGGUUCAACACCAUGGAUGGCAUAGUGAAGCAGGAACCUGUCCAGGAGAUGGGUGCGGCGUCGGCAUCCGUGCCGAUCCCUGGUGGGCACCGAGGCACGCGUGGAGUGUACGACCAAUUCUCACCCUCGCCUCUGGCUGCUACUUCCGGCUGGACCAUGAGGAACGACCACAUGGAGACCUCCUUUAAGAUGGAUCCGGAUCAACUGGACAUCUCCUUUAGGAUGGACGAUGAUGAUAUAUUCCAAGUGGACAAGGCUGAACUCAUCCAAGGUCCUACCUUGGCCGAAUUGAACGCCAACGAUGAUACUCUGCUGGGAGAUUUAAACUUUGACGACUUGCUGCUGCCAGAAGAAAGGGUACAACCGAUCAAAGCGGAGGCUCCACCGUCCACUGGCUCUCUGUUUAGCAGUAGCGAUGUAGGAUUUGCACCCAGUAGUUUUCCCCAAUCCGGAUUAACUUUUCGUAGUAGUUGUCCCGCGUAUGCGAAUACGUAUGGAUUCAAUUUAAAUAGAGGUUCAAACGUCGUGGACAAUGUGGAGGCUGUUAGUCCUACUGCGUUCCCUAGUCCAGGAACCAGCAAUAUUGCAGGUAGUUCAACAGCGAGUUCAUCGACUUCCCCACAUCCCGUGGCGCGGCCUAUCGGGUCAUCCACUUUACACGAGCUGCUCCUAAGAAGAUGUGAAAAUCCGUUCACUAGCCCAGUAUCCAGUCAGCCGGAUAAUGUUUCCGUGACAGGCGGCAAACCCAAAGUCUCAAGACUCUCUAUGUCUGCGCCCACGCAGACAAUGGCUCUGGACCAGAUCUGGUCUCACAGAGAACCACGACAACACCUUUUGAGUACCAGCAGUUUGGUAGAGGCAGGUUCAACAAGUAGUUUGAGCACAGGAGGUGCAUUGAGUCCAGAUCCACUUUGCCAUCUUGACCCAUUCAAUCCCGAUGAAGAUUAUGAAGACAGUGACGAUGAUAGCGACCAUUAUGACGAUUACAGCAGCGACAAUGAUUCAGGUGGAAGUGACGGUGAAGAGCCGAGUAACAACAGAACGGGUACUGCAGAAUUGGGAAGGGAUAAUAGGCACAAUAAGAAAGAGAGAUUUUUCUGGCAGUAUAACGUUCAAGCGAAGGGACCAAAGGGGCAACGACUGAUCGCUAGAGCACGUUUAGAAGACCCGCAUGUCUUGAACGAAGCAACUGAUCCGGUAUUUAGUCCACAUUGUGCUCUCAGAGGAAUUAAACAUAGCGGGAAAGCACGAAAAGGCGAUGGAAACGAUCUUACGCCGAAUCCUCGCAAGCUUCAUAACAUUGGGAGGGAGUUGGACAAACUCACGCGCAUUAUAAAUGACAUGACGCCUGUUUCAGAAUUACCAUUCUUAGCAAGACCGAAAACCCGCAAAGAAAAGAAUAAAUUAGCUUCGCGGGCGUGUCGCUUAAAGAAAAAGGCUCAACAUGAGGCUAAUAAGAUCAAGCUGCACGGACUUGAACAAGAGCACAAACGCCUUAUUCAAGGCAUAUCGCAAGUGAAAAACAUGCUUUCUGUAAAAGCCACCGAACCUCUUAAUCCUGAGAGUCAGGAGGAGCUCACACGACAAGUGGAAAAGUGUUGCAAGCUGGCUACUAAAAUACGAAUAGCGAAUCACUCGACAGAUUUCGUGAACAGGGUGUUGGAUAAAGUUAGAGCCGGUGUCCAUGAUGGUGGACUCGAGGAUAUUUAACUUUACGGAGAAACCUUUUCUUUAUGAGCGUGUAUAUAACAAAAUAAAAAAAAAUGUCUAUAUGUAUGGACACAUACAUAGGGUAAUGCUUUAUCUGUAAGUUUAUCGUUAUCUGAAUGCUGAAAGCAGACCUAUGGUUAAGUUAAUCUUAACUUGUUGGUUAAUGUAUAAUCAACUGAUAUCCUCGCGUAACGUUGUUUCAGAAGAGACGAAACCUUGAUUUAUGCUUUCAUUUAACUGGACCCGCGUGUCGUCAGGUUAUUCUUUCUCUCUAUUUAAUAAAAAUGGCUGCAUUUUUAUGCUCGGUACUGUGUACAUACAUUGGUGAAAUUGUACAUAACAAUUUUCAUACAUCACGAUAGUUUUCAGUAACGUUCCUUUUUGUGUAUGAUUCGUGUACGAUUUCUAAUUAUUUUUUGUAUUUUUUUUUUUUUUUUUUUUUUUUUUUUUUUUUUUUUUNUUAAUGAUAAUAUACUGAUAUAUAUUUCUUUUACUUUUGGGGCAACUUGACGCGAUUACACAUUAUUACGAAAUUGCAAGGAAAGUAAGUGCCGCGUGUCAUUUAACUAUUAUAACGGACUAUUAGAUACCAGUAUCUAUUAUCGAUUAACGAUGCACACGAUUUCGAUUUUAACUAACGAUAAAAGUAAAAUCAACGAAGCUUUCUCUCUCGAGAACGGUCGCAAAAAUUGCUGUGCGCGCGAAUGUGGUUACAUUGCAUUUCUCUCCCUCGUGAUUAUUCAUUGCACAUUAACAUAGAUUUUGACAGAGAUCAAGGUUUCGAAAGUGCUGAUUACAUGCGAUAAUAUCAAUUCACAUUGAUGUUUCUUUUUCUUUUUAAUAUUCCGACGAUGAAGUAGUUUUUAAACGUAUUAGUAAAAACAAAAAUCUAGAAACGUGCAUAGUUGCACUUAGCGACGAGCUUUGAAUCAUGUAGUUGUUUGCUGUUUGCUGACUCGAUCUACCUCAGAACGAAACGCUGUACCUACUUAUAUGUAUAUAUAUAUAUUUGAAUUGAAGAACGAACGGAAAGAUCGCGAGCGUGGUGUGACGAUUGUUACUGCUUUAGAAAAUUUUAGACGGGAGGACGAAUGUAGCUGUAACAUGUUACGUCUGUGUGUCGUCCAUAUAUUUAAAACGAUCAUAAGCCACGGUUAAGUAAUUAUAUUUUGCUAAUUACUAAUAUAUAAAUAUAUAUAAAUAUAUAUAUAUAUAUAUAUAUAUAUUAAAUAUGCAAGAUGUUAAUCUACAUAUUAUAUUCGUACUAAUAUUUUUUUAAUCGAUUUUUGUAUGUAAAGUUGCAGGUUACAGUUAAUGUGGAGGAAGUGGAAGAUAGUCGUGUAAAUUAUACAUACAUGUAUCUUCACAUAUAGGCAACCACACACACACACAUACAUGUAUUAAACAUAUACAGAGUGAACCACGCAACGUGAUCAGUUUAAUUCAUUCUGUUGUUAGUGGGCCGUUUGAAAAAUUUUUUUUUUAGUAUAACAUAGUUCAAGGUGAGCUUUAAAAUCACCCUAAAGUUCACCUUGAACCGUAUUAUAUUAUAAAAAAAUUUUCAAGCGGUCCACUAACAACAGAAUAAACUAAGUUAAUCACGUUGUGUGAUUCACCCUGUAUGAAUGAAUAUAUACAUGUAUUAAACAUAUAUGUGUAUAUGUGUGUGUGUGUGUGUGUAUAUAUGAAUAUACAGAUAUGGUAUAAUCCUUAUCAAAUCGUUAUGCAGUCUAAUUUAUUGUUACGCGGAAUGAACCGCAAGUUUGAUUUACCGUAUGUAACAUUUGGAUAAAUAGUCAACGAUGUAAUAGCAAUGUUAGCACAAGACGUCAUUCCGAUACCGUAAUCACGAGUGAGCAGUGAAGUGUUGCGUGUAAUCAGAAUUCUUUCUCCGAAUGUGUAAUACUAUAUGUUUGUACGAAGCGGCGCUUCGUUAUUUCGACGAUUCGAACUCCGGCACUUUUACGAUGACAUGUGCGUUCGCUCGUAUGCUCAGCGUUUGGAUUACGAAUCCACCAUCGAUUCAGUGGAAAUUGGCGCUCUCUUACGUGAUUUCCUGCAUUGUGUUGAUUAAAACAACCGCUUUGAAAGUCACAGGUCGUAUGUGCGAACGCAUUCCCCGAAUUGAUUACGCUAUAGUCGAAUUAAUUAAUAAAAACAGCAACGGAGUGUGAUAAGCGAUGAUAUCUCGUCAUGAUGUAAGACCGAUUGGAGAAAUUGUCAUUUUUAUUCUAAUAAAAAAGAAGUAGAGUAGCGCAUAAGGCUUUUAGAUAUACGAUCUGAAAAUUAAAGCGAGUUAGAGAGAGAGAGAGAGAGAGAGAGAGCUUGAAAUGCGCUGGUGUAUUUGCGAUAAACUGCCUCGACGGUAGUAUAAAAAGACUCUACAAUGUACGAAAGUUAUGACAGACCUUUCGCUCGGAUUUCAUCUUCGGUGUUUACGAGUUUGAUGUAAUAAGAUACGCGCGGUCGCAUGUAUAAAUCCUCGUUCUUGGAAAGUUCAAAGGCAAAGGUCGAAAUUGUAAGGUUCACCCUGGCUGGAAAUAGGAAGUAAUAAUUCGCUAAUGCUCUCACGGUGAACUGUCGUCGGAAUCCUGCGGUCUCGUCAAUGAUGACUUAUCAAUGUGAUUGAUACAGUAAGACAUUUUAUGUUAUAAACAGUCCACCCACAUUUUUAUAUUACUUCAACGAGAUGAAUAUGUUAAACAGUAAUGUGUUAACAAGAUGUGAGUAGGUUAAUUUAACAUAUUUGUGCAUAUUUUAACAUAUUCUCCUUAUUAAAGUAACAGAAAAAUUUCGGCAGACCGUUUGUGAUACAGAACUUUUUACCGUGCAGUGCGUUGGACGGAAGGUUGACGAAUUAUCAGUUAUUAAAAAUUGUUAUCCACCUGUGAUAAGCGGUCCUCUCGUCGCAACGAAUACGCGUUCUAAGGAGAACUAAGGAGACGACGUACCUACGAGGAUUCCGACGUCUAAUCUCGUAACAUCGAAUUAGACAUGUUGACAAGGUGAGAAGCCCGCGAGAAACGAAAACGCUUCUAACCUGCGAUGUUGUGUAGUUCCGUAUAAGGAUCGGAAAAUAAAACAGAUCCAUACCAAGCGUAUGAUCCAUUGUCCGCUUAGUCUCGCAGGAAGUAGCUUCAAAGCUGAACGACUAAUAAACAGUAAUCUGAAAUUAUAAUUUUGUAAAUUGCUGCACUAAUGGGAUAUAUAUAUAUAAGCAACGCUGAGUAGUUCCGUGUCACUUUGUAAGUUAAGAUCGUGACCUUGUCUUCUUGAAGUAAGCGGCAUUUCUGAUGUUGGACGAGUUGUCUGUUGAAAAACAAAAAGAAAAGAGAUAUACGUAUAAAUGGCGAAAGCGGGUUUCUAUCGGAUGAGUAAUCGUUGCUUCACGGGUGAUUAUAUAAGGAAUUUAUGUAUAUUUGUGUAUGUAAAUUGUACAUAUAAAUUUCUUAUAUAAUGAAGGAUAUAUAUAUGUGGAACUCCGAUCGCCUCCAGAGAUCUCAUACGAAAAUACGGCGUUGUUUGUAUUGAGAAUCAUCAAUCAUGUCCGGUCGAUCGCGCUCAUUCAAUCAGCAUGACUCGACGUGGCGUGACGUUGCGUUGGGUCGUUCGAUUUCCGCAUAUUUCCCUGUUUAUAGAUGCGUAACGCGAUGUUGGAUGUUACGCAAACUUCUUUUAUCCUGAGGAAUUCUCCCGAUUUUUCAUUUUCCACGAAACUAAAUUCGAAUUUGCGAGUAUGUUUAGGUUUACAGAAAUAUUUCGUGGGGAUUAUUUAUAAUUUCUAUGAGUGCGAAUCUACAUACUCUUUCACCCCGUUAAGCGAAACCUUGAUAUAUAUUUUCAACUUUUGUAACAGUGGCAUAGGAAUCACGUGAGAUUGUCUAAGAAGCGCCACAUUUAAGGCUUUUAUCGAUAAAAAUAAGCCGAGAGAAAAAGAAUAUGAGCCAUUAUCAGUAGUGAUAAUACCUUCCUCCGGAGAAUUAACAUUCUUCAUUCAAAGAGUUAGUCAUUCACGAUAAUGAAAUUAUUAUUAUGUGAUAACACUAUCAAAAAAGUAUCACAUCUGUAAGUUCGCGUAAAAAUUUCGCAGCACGGAAUAGAACCGGCACUACAGCGCAUUACCUGCUGGGAAGGUACAUUUACGUUUUAUGACUACAGAUGGCGCAUCGCAUACUGAACCGUGUUCCCGGCAUAUUUGAGUAGUGUCGUUGCACGGGAUAUGUGUUGGAACGCGACUUUGAUGAAAUAUCAACCUCGGAAGAAAAAAAGGUGUUUAUAGCUGGAGACGGUUUUUCUUCUUCUUUUCU